AUGACAUAUUUCACAAACUGGGAAGAGUUUGCAAAGGCUGCUGAGAGACUUCACAGUGCUAAUCCAGAGAAGUGUAGAUUCGUCACCAAGUACAAUCACACAAAAGGAGAACUGGUUCUGAAGCUCACCGACGACGUCGUCUGCCUCCAAUACAGCACCAACCAGUUGCAAGAUGUGAAGAAGCUGGAAAAGCUGUCGUCAACUCUUCUCCGCAGCAUCGUUACUCAAUAA